AUGCCGGUACCCAUACCUACGCCACAUCCAGCUGAGUUAUCAUACUACAAUGCUCAGCGUGCCCCAUACCCCUCCGACAACAACAGCAUUGUCCCAUAUGGAACCUUCCCAAGGAGGUGCCACUCCACCUCCUCAUCUCACCAUCCUGAGGUAAAGGAUGAGUGUAUGGCCAUGGUACCAUAUGUAGGAGGAUUAGGACGAGGGGGAGGAGGUGGAGGAGGCUAUGGGGGUAAAGCACAGUCUCGAGUACCAGUAAAUUAUAUGGACCCAUAUGAGCAACAACCACCUUUUUCCAGAGAUGGCUACCAUACACUUCAGUAUAAACGAGGAAUGCUGUCCCAAAGUGGGGGGAUGGUGCCCAAUGACAACAACAAUGAUAGUCCUGGGCGAAUUCGACACUUGGUCCACUCUGUCCAGAAACUCUUCACAAAGUCACAUUCAUUAGAGGGGCCACAUCACACACAGUCUUCAAAAGGGGCCAAUAAUGGGAGUGUUAAUGGUGGUGGUGGUGGUGGAGGAGGUGGUGGUGGUGGUGGUUCAAGAGCCAGCCCAGAAGGCGCAACUCCUCAAGCAGGAGUGCACCACCGGAAGCGCAGCAAGAGCCGGGAGCGCUGUAGAUCAGCGGAGCCCAAGCAUCGAAGUUACCACCAUCACCACCACCCCCAGCUCCAUGGUUCAGCAUCUGCUCCGGGCUCCGGAUAUUGGAGCUCAGAUGACAACCUGGAACGGGAGCUGUGUCUCUACCACCCUCAUCAUCACCAACCUCCUCCUUCACCCUCCCUCUCCAUUUCCCCUUCACCUGUUGCUAUGUCAGUGGCCCAGUGCCAUGGCAACAAUCCUGACAAAUAUUCCCAGACUCCUCUUUUAAGUCUCCCCUCUUCACAGUCCCAGCAAUACUUCAUGGCUGAUCCCUAUGGAACACUUAAUGACCACACACACACUCAUGCACGCCAUGGUCACAUGCACCACUCUGCACUCAAAGCCUCGCGGAGCAACAGCAAUAUGAAAUAUGCAUCAUCAUCAGCAUGUGUGCCAGUUAGUGGUAGCAGCAAUAACAGCGGUGGAGGUCUCGGUGGAGGAAGUGGCCCCUUGCUGCCAUUGGGUCUUGUGGACGGACCUCUUGAGAAGAAAGGGGCAUGGUCAUCAAGCCUUACGGUGAGCAGGACCAGAGAGAUCUACUCCAACAACAACAGCCACAACCAGCUACGAGCCAGCACAGGAUCCGGUAACCUAAACCUAGAUAGAGCUCUAGUCAAAGCUAAGGGCAGUCAGCAGCAGGACCACUCUUGCCAUUUGUUACAGGUUCCUCAGGAUGAGUGGAGUGGUUUCUCUCCUUUAGGGAAGGAGGAUGACAUCCCCUGUCGAAGGAUGAGGAGUGGCAGCUAUGUCAAAGCCAUGGCUGAAGAUGACAGUGGGGACUCUGAGGGGAGUCCCAAACCAUCACCCAAAGUUCAGGCACGAAGAGCCAGCUACCUGAAAGCCACACAGCCAUCACUGACUGAGAUGACCACGCUGCAGAUUUCAACAGAGCACUCUCCCAAACUGCAGAUCAGGAGCCACAGUUACCUCCGUGCAGUUAGUGAGGUUUCAAUCAAUAGGAGCUUAGACACCUUGGAUCCCAAAACGCUCCUCGACCCCAAAUCACUGCUCUCCUCACCCCAGUACCGCUCACGCAAUGAAAGCUACAUGAGAGCUAUGAGCACCAUCAGUCAGCUGAGUGAGGUGGAAGUGAACGGGCAAAUUGAGCAGGUAUGCGAGCAAGUCUACAAUGCGUUGAAGUCUCAAGCUAUAGACUCUGCAAUGGACAGUUUGGAGACCAUGGACACACUGCCUAUGCCAGGAUGCUUCCGUAUGAGAAGUCACAGUUAUGUGAGGGCGAUAGAUCAGGGAUGCGCUGGGGAGGAGGAAGGAGAAGGGGGGAGACCACUACUGCUGUUACCAUCCUCACCACCACGCACAUCUGCAACGACUGUCAGGACCAUACAGAGCAGCACAGUUUCAUCCUGCAUUACCACCUAUAAGAAACCCCCUCCACCAGUGCCACCACGAACCUCCACCUGCUCCACGUCCUCCAAGCCAUAUAUCUCCAUCACGGCCCAGAGCAGUACAGAGUCUGCACAGGAUGCAUACAUGGAAGAGGAAGGACCAAGAGGUGAUAUGACAAUCCAGUCAGGGUUGAGUAACUCGACAGAAAGCAUCGACAGCAUGAAGGCUCUCACUGCUGCCAUAGAAGCUGCAAAUGCUCAGGUCCACGGACCGGCCAGUCAGCAUGUCAGUAACAGCACCAUGAUGGUCAGCACACCCAACACCUCAGUCCUGAGCCGGCAAGUUGUUGUUGAAGACCACUGGGAUGAUUACAAGAAAGAAGCAGUCAGGAAGGGCAAAUGUCUCUCCAUAGGAAUCCAGGUUGAUGGACCAGAGGAUGUUCCAGAUACAGAAGACCCAUCCAAGUUCCAGUCUGUGGGGGUACAAGUGGAGGAUGAUAGAGGUUACAGAAGAUUCCAGCGCUCCAACAGUGUGACAGCAGCAGUGCAGGCAGACCUGGACUUGCCAGACCUACUGGACACACCUUUAGACUCCCCAAACCUUCACAGGGACAUCUUGUCAGCCCGUGGUCUCACUCGACACUAUUCACGUGAUGCUGCCACCUCCACCGUCAGCAUCCAGGGCUCAGGGAACCACUACCACGCCUGUGCUUCUGACGACUAUGACGAUGUUGGCUUUGACCCGUCCAUCCUCCCCCCUCCAGACCCCUGGAUUGAUACUGUAACUGAUGACCCGCUUGAUGUGGUACAUCAAUCAGUCUGUCAAAGAGAUGGACGCUGGUUUCUGAAGCUGCUCCAAGCUGAGACUGACCGUAUGGAGGGCUGGUGCCGACAAAUGGAGAUGGACCAGCAGGAGAAUGACCUGCCUGAAGACAUCCUGGAGAAGAUGAGGAGUGCUGUUGGAAGUGCACAUCUUCUGAUGUCUCAAAAGUUUCAACAGUUCAGGGAGCUGUGUGAGGAGAACCUGAACCCCAGCAUCAACCAUCGGCUCAUAUCUGCAGACCUGGCAGGGUUUUGGGACAUGCUUCAGCUGUCUAUAGAGAACAUCAGCCUGAAGUUUGAUGAGCUUCACCAGCUUAGAGCCAACAACUGGAGAGCCCUGGAUCCACCUGAAAGGAAGCAGGACAGGCGGCUUCCACCUCCAGUGCCUAAAAAGCCACAUAAAGGUUCCCAUCACCACCCCACUUUGGCCAGAGACCGCUCACUGGAGAGCUCUGAAAAGCAGCGGCAGGAGGCCCGCAAGCGCCUGAUGGCUGCCAAGAGAGCAGCGUCUGUACGCCAGAACUCAGCUACAGAGAGCGCCGAUAGCAUCGAAAUCUACAUUCCUGAGGCCCAGACCCGGUUAUGAGGACACCUAAAGUAACAAA